AUGCGAGCACAAAACCCAGAUUUUCACAACGUUUGUUUUCCGUGCCCAAACGGCUUUCAAGCGUUUAUGCGUAUCUCAGAAGAACAAAAUUUCAAAAGUAUGGACGCGCCAUGCGACAGCAAUCGAAGUUCCGCAUCAUCGACAUCUUCGCUGGGUAAAAUGGACUCAAGAAGCCCACAAGAUAAUGAACUGGCAGACCACCUGGCGCUCUGCAUUGAAGAAAGCGUUGUCAAAGUUGGAGCUGCAGCCCAACUCAGGAGAAGAAACAGUUCUCUCUCACGAAAAAAUUCUGGCUUGAGACCAAAAGUGAGACAUGAAACAACAAGUAUGUCGCCAGAGGAAUGGUCAGAGACAUUUGUGGCGCAAGAUGGAGUCUUAACUACAAAUUUCUGCUCUACGGAAUUGUGACUUUAGCCACUCAAUAAACUACAUAUGGCUUAACGAGAGGUUUUACACUCUCAGUUUGAAUAAGCAAGGACAAGCCGCCUGAAUCUUAAGCUUUCCCGUAAAUUGGGACAGAGAAAGAGAGUUACUCCUUCAUUUCACCAUAAUGAAUAGAAACGUAGUCACGAGCACAUGGUUAGGUCAAAUUUACGGGAAACUACAGAAAAAUCAGCCAGCCUGAAUUUUGCAGCAGGUAAAAGGAGGCAUCAUUGACUGCACACGAGGCUGAUUAAAUCCAAAGUGACACUUUGAAGAAAACUAUGCUCUGAGUGAAGUGUAUAUUUAUCACUUUUAAAUAACACCAUCAUCGGAGAAUGAUGCUUCUACUAGCUGUUACUGAUGAAAUUUAGAUUAUGUAAAUAUAUGCGCUUGACUAAAGGUAUUAGAAGAUAAAUUGAAAAUUUGCAUCUAAAGGAAAAACUAUGAGGCAUUUAAGAUAAUUUAUUAUAAGUCGAUGUAGCUAAUAUAUUUUAAGGUAAAAUAUCCAUCUUGUUUAAUAAGGAGUGAAAAUAGCAUAUAUAUAGAGAAAAGUCUUCGAGGAUUUUAUAUAAUGUCGCAAUAUCUUACCCAAGAUCAAAAAGCUAAUCAACUUUUAAUUGCUUUAAGGACAAAUAGGUGCAUUACCUUAAAUUAGCGUAUUUUUUAAUAAGUAAACAGCAAACAUAAUUUGUUGCAAUUAGGAAGAUACAGAAGUGUUUCAGGUGAAGAGCGAGUAUAAAGUAGAAUUUGUCAUCAUCUGUCAGAAGUACUGCAAAGACAGUUAUAAUUUCAAGAGAGCAUACAAAUUCACAAAAAAGUCGAUACUCAGUGAAAUAUGUUUACAAAAUAUCCAAACAAAAUAA